UCUGUUUAGAUGUGUUGCCUCCCAGAGGAUCACCGAGGUUUGGGAUGUCAAGGAUGGGGUGGGAACUUCCUGACCUGGCUGUUGCCCAUUUUACUGUGCUCUGUCGGUGAUCUUAUAUGAGGACUCUUCCUUCUCACCUUUUAUUUCUUAAUGAGUAAAAUGGGGACUAUGUUUAUGCUUGUCCAUAAAUAUAGCCCUUGUUUAUUUUCCAGGUGAGAUUCUUGAUGACUGGUGUUUGUAGAACACUUGGAGUGUUGUGAAAUGUCAGAAUACCCACUUGUAAAGUAUUUAAACAUUUUAAAUAUUAUAAAAAUAAUAUUGCUAAACUAUAUUGAAGAAAAUUUGGAAAAUAGAGGGCAAAAGUCACUCAUAGUUGUACCAGUGUUAAACUGCUGUUAGUGUUAUGGUGCUCGGUUUUCCCCCUCUGCUUGGGUUUUCUAUUAUGUAGGUGUGAUUAGAUUAUGUACACAAUUUUAUAUCUUGCUUUUCCCCCCCACUUGUUUCAUAGGCAUUCAUGUUUUAAGUCUGUGAAGUCAUUUUUAGUAUUUCACAAUCUCCUACUCCAUAAUUGACUUAGUCCAUUCUCUUCUGUAGGUAAUUUGAGUCAUUUAAAAUUAGAAUCAUAAAUAUUAGGAAUGAGGUGCAUGCAUGUCCAAAUGCUAACUUACCUCCCACCCAAGCCAUUUUUGUCUGGCUUCCCUGGCUUAUUUUAGCAGCAUGACAAAGGUCUGGCAGUUUAUUUUAGUGGUGUGACUCAGAACAUUCCCUACUAUAUCCCUGACUUACCCUCUUUCUUACUCUCUUUCUUGCUUCUUACUUCUGCUUACUCUUUGCUGCUGUCAGACUGUAUAGUUUCCCACUUGCCAGUUUUCCCUGACCUUCACUUUGUUCCAAUGAGUGUGUCCUCUGUUUCUGCCCUCACUGUAGAGGCAGAAUUGCACAGACUCUGGAACCAGACUGCCUGCAUAUUCUAGCUCCACUUCCACUGGUCAUGUCAUUGGAAAAUUAAAUAAUCUUCUCUGCCUCAGUUUCCUUCUCUGUAAUAAUCCAUGUCCUCUACCUGUACUCCUUGGGCGAGAUGUUUCAGAAUUUAGAAUUUGUGGGAAUUAAAAAAGCCAACAAGGAGAGCCUGCCAGAACUGAGCACAGCUCAGCAGAACAAGCUGAAGCACCUUACCAUCGUGAGCUUGGCAUCGAGAAUGAAGUGUAUCCCCUACUCCGUGCUGCUGAAGGACCUGGAGAUGCGGAAUCUCCGGGAACUGGAAGACCUCAUCAUCGAGGCUGUCUACACUGACAUCAUCCAGGGCAAGCUGGACCAGCGAAACCAGCUUCUGGAAGUGGACUUCUGCAUUGGCCGUGACAUCCGAAAGAAGGACAUCAAUAAUAUUGUCAAGACCUUGCAUGAGUGGUGUGACGGCUGUGAAGCAGUUCUGCUAGGCAUUGAGCAGCAAGUUCUGAGAGCCAACCAGUACAAGGAGAACCACAGCCGAACUCAGCAGCAGGUAGAGGCAGAGGUUACCAACAUCAAGAAGACCCUCAAGGCCACAGCAUCUUCCUCAGCUCAGGAGAUGGAGCAACAACUGGCCGAACGGGAAUGUCCCCCUCACGCCGAGCAGAGGCAGCCCACCAAGAAGAUGUCCAAAGUGAAAGGUCUGGUUUCCAGCCGCCACUAGGGCCGGCUGGGGCAGCUGGCACUCACCAGGCCUGGGCAAGUGGGGAGGGGACACCUAGGGCCUAUUUCCUCCUCUCUCUACCUUCAGUGAGUUCCAGACCUGCCCGUCCCCUCACCAGCGCCUCCCCAUCCUGUUGGUACUGUUCCAGAAGAACCGUUAACUCCUUUCCCUCGCCCACACCCUCCUUCCCCAGUUGUUCCCUUCAGACUCAGGGGCUCCACUGAUGCCAUCCCAACAGGGUCAACACUGCCCAGCUUCCCUCCAGGAGGUUCUUAUCUCUGUUUAAGGGCUUGUCUCUCCCAGUUUUUCUUUUGCUCCAUGUCAUUUGGUCAGGCUGGUCAUAGCCAGAGGCAGCUUUAACCGGCCCACAGGGAUGACUGCAAAGGAGGCUCCUCUGAGUGAGGAGGGGGCACUCCUCCAGCCCCAUGUACCACAGUACCCACAAUGGUGCAGGCACUCUAGCCAGGUAUCAAAAUGCUUUGUUUUCCCUCCCCUGCCUUGUCCCUCGUUGAUAGCUCCAAUCCGGCCAUGGAGGGAUGUGAUGCUGGGCUAUGUUUACUCAGCCUCUUAAGCCCAGCUCAAAUCUCUCAUUAGUUGGGAGCACUGAGUUAACUGAUGUCUGGUAUCCGAGCACCAGUGGAGGGUGCUCUGGGUCUGCUCGGUGGCAGAAGUUUCUUCCAGCUUGGUGUUCUCUGCUGCCUGACUACUCAGACUGGUUUUCGGUGUGGAGGCCCAGCUGCCCACUGGGACUGUCUGCCAACACUUGCUCUCCCCAGAUCUUUAAUUACUCCUGGCUGCAUCUGUGGUGGGGACAGUGGUGCUGAGACCCAGCCUGCUGGGGAAGGACCUGUUGCUGCUUCUGUCUGUUUCUUUCCACCCCUCCUUGGCUGAUGACCCAGAGCCCUCUGAUGAUGGCAUUCUCCUGGCAAGAGAAAAGGACUUGACUAGCCUUUCUGAACUUGAACAGUUUCAGGUUAUAUUUUAAUUUUUUUUUUUUGUACAGGUUCUGAUUCUAAUACAUUUCAACAUGCCUUUUUCCCCCCUCGUGUCAAUAUUUGUUACAGAUCGCCGGGGAUUUUUCAUUUGCUUGGAGGGUGGCGCGUGUGUGUGUGUGUGUGUGUGUGUGUGUGUGUGUGUAACGGGAAGUGGAGGUCUGGACUAAUAUUAAAAGUUCACGGAGGGGAAAAACACAUUUUAGAACAAAAAAUAAAGUGUAGUUAUUAUGUGACUGGUGUGCGGAGUUGCAUAGCUGGUACAUCUGGAGGAGAUGGGAGCAGGGUGCUUCAUGGAAAUGUCCUGCUGGGUCAGUACAUGGAGAAAAUCCAUAUCUCCUUUUCCAACAUGUCCAGCAACUGCCUGCUGCUGAUCAGAUGUUAACAGUUACUCUCGUUUCCCCUUUAAGCUGGUCCAUGUGCCCAUAUAACAUUAUGUCCAAAGGGCGAGUUUAAUUCCCAAUGUAUGUUUCAUGAAACCUCUUGACAGAUGCUCUGUGGAAAAGGGGUUCUGUUGUUAAAUAAAUUUGGCACAUCCUG